UUUUUUUUUUUUUAAUAAAGAUGAAUGUAUUAAGUGAAUCGAUUGCAGUUUUCUCACCAGAAGAACAGGAAGCUGAACGAAAAGUUUUAAAAGAAUUUAAAAAUUUGACAAAUUCUCAAAUUUAUGAACACAUUUUUAUUCACCGAAUGAUGUUACGAAAACAACAUGUCACAAAUAUUCAUUGUCCAUCCGACAUACUAGGAACCGAUUCAUGUGAACUUAUUCUUCCAUCUCUCCACAAGACAAUUCAAACUGUAUUAUCUAACACUUCUGAUUCAUCAGAAUUUCAUUUAUUAGAUAUUGGAGCAGCUUCAGGUGAAAUCAUUGAUUGGUGCUUUGCUAAAGAACUCGAGAAAAAUGUUCAAAUGAAUAGGCAAAAUAUAAUUCAUAUAAUUGAACCAAAUUCAAAUUUAUUACAAACUUAUCAACAAAAAUUAUGUGAGUAUGCUCAUUUAAGUCAAGGUAUCGUUUAUAAUGGAACGGUACAGGAUUAUUUUGAUAUGGAUGAUAACGCAAACGACGGAACAAACAAAUUAAGAGUGGAGGCACCCUUACCACUCAUUCCAUUAGAUCUUAUUAAUUGUAUACAUAUGAUUAAUUAUCUCGUUGAUAUAACUACUCCAAAAAUCGAUCCAUCAAAUGAUAUCAUUUCCUUUUGCAAAUUCAUUUAUUCGCAUUUGAAACCAGGCGGUGCAAUUUAUAUUGCACAUUUAGACGUAUUGAAUUUAUUUAAUUUUAAUGAUGACGACGAAGAUAACGAUUACAAUGCAGAAACUUAUCAAAAAAUUCAACAAAUAACUUCUGCAAGAAAUUCCUUGUUAUAUGAGGGUAAUAUCAUUGAUCAUCUUCAUUCUUCAGAAUUAAAUGUAUGUGAAGUAGAUUAUGAUAGUGAUGAUACGAUGGAAAAUUCUCGAAAACGUAAAAUCAAGACCAUUCCAAAAUUCAAUUCAUAUAAAUUACCUAGCUCGUUAUUUUCAAAAUCUUUAGCUGAUAUGUCCGUACUUUUAUUAAUCGAUCAAUUGCCAAAAGUCAAAAAUGAUGAUAGAAAAUUUGAUAUUAGAUUGUUGGAGAAUAUUUUGGAACAAGUUAAAGAAGUCGCAAUGACUCCCGUUGGUGAAGGUAAAAAGAAAAAGUUUGGAUUGGAAAGAGGUACGAGAGGUGGUGAAAUAGUUUGGAAAAUUGAUAUUCCAUUGAUCAUUAGUAUAAUUCGUAAGGAGAAGGUUCAUAUCUGAGUUCCAAAUACAUUCUAGAUCGACAAUAUCAUACGAUUAUUUUAGUAUAAAAGGUUAAUUCCAAGUUAGCCUUAAUUAGUCUCUUAUAUUUAUAUCAUUUGUUAUUUUUUAUUUAUUUUUUUUCUUUCUUUAUUGUUUACUAUUCUCUCUCUCUAUAAAAGAAAUAAAAGUGAUACGAAAAAAAAUUGGAUAAUGUUAUUAUAUUGCAAAGUUUUCGCCCCAACUAGGACUCGAACCUA